AGUGAAUUGAGAUACCGACAACUCAAUCGUGAAUCAUUUACAUUGUUUUUAUCUUUGCCCCACAAAAAAGGAGAAAUACAAUAAUUCCACCAACGUUUUUUUCUGUUAUAAGAAAAGCCACUAAAGACUGCAUUCAUAAAAUGGCCAAAAAUACCUCCAGCUCUGCAUUCCGCAAAAUCGAUGUAGAUCAAUACAAUGAAGACAAUUUCAAGGAAGAUGAAGCCGAUUCAGUGGCAAAUACAUGCGACGAGAACCUAAUCACCAACCUAUUGACAGAAGGCAAAUGUAUAGAGGCUUUGGUGUCUGUCCUACAGAAUGCUCCUUUGAGAUGUAAACAACAACAUGUCAAGGACCACGCCCUCAAUGUUACCCUAAAGGUACUGCUCUCCGUCAAAGCGUCACAAAUGGAUCAGGCCGUUGAAAUCUUGGAACAAAACGAUCUACUCGAUGUCCUCAUGAAAUACAUUUAUCGUGGAUUUGAAAUGCCCUCAGAAGGUUCAAGCGGCCAUUUGCUGCAGUGGCAUGAGAAGGUGUUUGCCAAAGGAGGUUUAGGUUGCAUUUGCCGUGUAUUAGCCGAUACUAAUCGUGCCUAAGUGGCCGCCACUUUUGUUCUUCAAGGAAUUGUUAAUAGUAAUUGUAAUUUAUAAAACAUACAUUUCUUCCUUUUUUUAAAUGAUUGUCAUUAUCAACAUUGAUUGAUCUUUUUAAUGUGUGCAACAAGCCGUACAUUAACCAAACAACCAGAGUCAGUUUUAUUAAUGGACAAAAAAAGAACAAAACAAGUUAAAAAUGUUUAGUAAGUACCUAGUAUUUUCUGCUGCAAAGGAGUAUUGCCUAUUUUUCGUUUAUUAAGAUUAUAAAUAUCUACAUUUUUAUACAAGUAUUAGAUUGAAAAUUAAUAUUGUUUUAUUGUAAUUCUAAUUUCAAAAAAGAAAUCGUUCACUUGUGUGGAGAAGUCUGUAAAUCCAGAAUAAAAACAAACCAAAAUACAUUAACCGGUAAAACGAUAAAGCUGUUCUGUAA